UCCUUUUCAGGGAUAGCGUGAUUUAGGUUUUAUUUGUGAAACGUUGGUGUUCACAUCGUAUGAGGAGCCGAACGCGAACAGUGCGGAGACACUCAUAGUUCGAACUUGUGAAUCGGUUCAAACGAACGAUUCGUUCACGAGUCGAACAUCGCCUAUCAGCGCAUUUUAGACACUGGAGGGAGGGAUGAAUUGAGGGAGGGAGGGAUGAAAGGGGAGCCCUUGUUGACCACCAUAUCUCCAUCUGCUGUCAGUGACUGAAAGCCUGUCGUUUUUGACCCCCACAGUCAGCCUGUAAGAGCACUAAGUCAGGUAACGUGCCCAGGGUGAGGGUCCUACUGCGUACAGGUUCUUUCUUUCCUUUUUCUGUGCAUUCCCUCCUCCAGCAGAGCGCUGGCCUAGCUGACGGGCAUUUAGACCUGGUUUGUGUAUGAGGGCUGCUCCACGGACCAGAGGAGGAUGUGCCUGCAGGACAGCUGCUGCUGUUCCCACCUGGAAUACCCAUGCACCGGGGGACGAGCAGCCGGGGAAAAGUCGUGAAAAGUCCGUUUCGCAUCGACUGCGCGGGGCUUGCGGCAGCCUACUCACCACACACGGCCGAGCUUCUCACCUGCGAUCAAGGGUCCCAGGUUUGCUUGUCCUAUGAAUGGGGCUGCGCUGUGCCCAGCUCAGCCCACCUUGCCCCAGUCAGGACUAUGCAGUGCCCUUGUGCCCUCCUGAAUGCAUUGGCCAGCGGUUUGCGAGAGCAGGGAGGGUGGAGGGGGUCACCGAGGGCGCGGUGGAAGCAGCGGGAUGCCCCCUCCGUUUCGGAUAGCGGUGCUGGGGGCGCAGGGUGUGGGCAAGUCGGCCAUAGUGCAACGCUUCCUCCACGAUGACUACAGCGAUGCGGCCGUGUCCAGCCGCACGCGCAGGGUGCACCUGUCCGCCGCUGUCCUCAACGGCCACGUGCACGACCUGCAGAUCACAGACUACCCGGCCAUCAGCAGCUUCCCCGGCAGCUCCCUCCAGGAGUGGUCAGACGUUUGCUGUCGAGGCAUUCGCAGCGCCCAUGUCUACAUCUUGGUUUAUGACAUCUGCUGCUUUGACAGCUUCGAGUACGUCAAGACCAUGCGCCAGCAGAUUCUGGAGACCCGGGUGAUGGGAGCGUCGGAGACCCCUAUCCUGAUCGUGGGCAACAAGCGCGACCUCCAGCGAGGCCGGGUCAUCCCACGCCACAAUGUGUCUGACCUGGUGCGCAAGAGCUGGAAGUGCGGCUAUGUGGAAUGUUCGGCCAAGUUCAACUGGCACAUCCUGCUGCUGUUUGGUGAGGCCCUCCGCAGUGUGGGCUGUGUCCGCUGCAAGCAUGUCCACGCCACCAUCCGCUUCCAGCGGGCGCUCAGGAGAGAGCGCUGCACUCUUAUGUAAGAGGUGUCACUUUGGUGGUCCCUCUCAAACGUCCUCUUGGGUCAAAUUUGGGAUGCCCACGCUUUCUCAGAGAAACCGAAUUACACCGUGGUGAAGAUAACUUGUGGAUAGCUUGUGAUUCAGGAUUCUGUCAGCUAUAAAUCUGUGGUGCACUAAUUUAUACCUGCAAGUAAUAGUGUGUUCUGUAAAUGCUGAUUAGUGAAUUCAAAUGUUGUCAUCCUGCACACCAAAAUUUGCCAAUAUUACACUUCAGGGCUUUUUUUCAUGCAGUAAAAUAACUUCACAAGUCAAGCACUUAGGAAUCAAACCAGGUUUUAGGUUUUAGGAACUGUGAAUUUUCACAGCCCUAGUUUUAUCUGUGAGUGGUUUGUAAGUUGGGAAAGGGAAGUGUUUUUCAAUUUGAAAAGCUGCCAUGAAAAGACUUUAAUCAGCUCUAUCCUAAUGGAAUAAAAGGACAUUACAGGUAGGAGUCCAGGCAUUGUCACAUUACUCUGUAUAGCUUCAAAUCUGACCAUCUGUUUCUGGUGGGCUGAAAAGGACAAAAAGGUAUACGAUUAAAGAAGAUAGGUAGGUUGCAAACUGGGUUUUAACAUUAGUUUACACUAUAUUUAAUUUUAAAAAUACCUUAAAGUAAAACCAUGGACAAAUGAAAUUUCCCUCAGUUUUUUAAAUAAUAAAUAAUAAAUGGGUGACGCACAUCUGUGAAGGCAUCUGUGUUAAUUCUGAACAGUAUACACAGGUUUUGGCAACAUAUGUUGCCAUCCAGAUGAUGUCUUUUUUAGAGAAGGCCUUGCUUAUUUCAGCAAGACAAUGCCAAACCACAUUCUGCACCUAUUAGAACAGCAUGGCUUAAUAGCUAAAGAGUCUGGGUGCUAAAUUGGCUUGCCUGAAGUCCUCACCUGUCACCACUGAAAACAACUGUACAAUUAUGCCAACUGUAAAGUUUAAUGGAAGAGGGAUACUGCUAUGGGGUUGUUUUUCAAGGGUUGACAUAGGCCCCUUAGUUCCAGUGAAGUCUUAAUGUUUCAGAAAACCACAGUAUUUUGGAAAACUGUAUGCUUCCAACUUUGUGGGAACAGUUUGUGGAACAGUUCUGUUCCAGCAUGACUGUGGCCCAGUGCACAAAGCAUGGUCCAUAAAGGCAGGGUUGGGUGAGUUUGGUGUGGAAGGCCCUCUCACCCAACAUCAGCGUCUGACCAGCUCUUCUAAAUAAAUGGGCAAAAAUUCCUACACUCUCCAAAAUCUUGUAGAAAUAUUAAGGUCUAGGGAUUUAGAAUAGGAUGGCAUAAAGCACUUGUAGGUGUAAUGUCUAGGUGUCAAUACUUUUGUACAUGUAGUGUAACUUUCUAGCAGUCCAAAACAGAUGCCCGCUCAGACCACCUUUUGGGGCCUAUGGGCAGCUCUGUUCUAGAGACAUGAAAUCAGACAAAAAUCAACCAGCCUUUCAAAGUACUCACGGACAAAAAUAGAACUGUAAUUUCUUUGGGAAAUCAGCAUGGCCAGUUUGAACCUGGUUUCAUUCCUCUCGGCGCUCAACUUUUGAAGUUGUACACUUUAGAUAAUAAAACGUAAUGAUAGAUUUCAGGGUGGAGGACGACUGAAUUUACAAUUCUAAAGAAACAAAAUGCACCAUCACUUACUGGCACAAGUUACCGCACCAGGGAUGCACAGCCGACAGAAGUCUAGCUAUCUUGCAGUUGCCGAAUUGGAGCUGUGGCAGGCGAGCUCUGAUCGCUUUCUUGCCAAGGAGCCUCUGUCUUGGAUGUUUUCAGCGAAGGACACAUGCUCCCUUCAGACAGACUGCUUUCCGAUGCCAAGAGGAAUCCUCAGAUGCUGCUUCUCCAGGAAACACUCCGACUGAAACGCCUCGCCGACAGCUGAAAGCCUCAAAAAUCAGCUUUAAUAGUGUUACUGUUGAAAAUGCAAAUAAUGAGUUUCAUUCAUGCUGGGACUACUUUAGGAAGCCCAUCCCUGCUUUUGCUGGGCUUAUGUUGAUGGAUCUUCCAGUUCUGUUGAGCAUCUCCCUCCUUACAAGGUGUGCAUGUACCACACACGGGUGCAAUACACAAGAGCACAAAUAAACGUAUGUGUAUGCUCAAUGGAUACUUCCAAGUUAGGACAUAUCUGUUUAGCUUGUUCAGAUACAGUUUAUCUCUGGUAUUGUGUUGUAUGCCAAGGCAUGAAUUAUGUCCUAAAUUUGCCCUCUGGUGACACAUUAGAGAAUGAAACAGGUCAGUGAAUCAUUUUGUAUAGUCUAUGAAAGCGAAAGAGGGGUAUAAAUAUGGGAUCCUAUGAAACUCAGUUUCAACCCCCUUUUUCAUUCUGAAACAUAGCACAAUAUUGCCAAGACGUGUGGUCCUAUAUGAAAUUUGCAAGCACUCAAUUGUUUGAUAUCUUAAAAAUGAAAAACUUAAAAACAUACAAAACUGUUUUUAAGACUUAAAUCUUGUCAAAUAUCGGCCCCCUACUGGAAAUUGUAAGACCUAUGGAUUUUAUGUAAAAAAAAAAAAAGAGCCUGUUUAGAAUAAGAAAGGAGAAGAAGAUGGGGUCAUUGUAUAAAUGG